GUGCUCAAGACUGCACCCCUAGGCAGCCUCAGCGCAGCCUUCACGAAGCGAAAGCGAAAGAAAGAGGAGGAGGCUGCGCCCGCAACAGAAAACCGGCGGCGGGUUGCCUGGGGUGCUGGGUGCGCCCCGCUUCUGCAGCGCAGGGGCGGUGGUGGGGGUCCGCGAGCUGAGCCCAUGGGCGCAGAGGAGGUAUGGUGCCUGCUGUUCUGCUGGUCUCUGUCGGCAGCGACAGAACCCGUCCCUGUCUCUGCAGCACAGGGGCGCUGGCGGCCAGUGGACGUGGUGCUGGACUGCUUCUUGGUAAAGGAGGGCAGGCAACAGGGGGCCCUUGGCGGCAACAGGAACACGGUGAAGGCCCUGCUCGUGCUGAAGCAGGUACCUGUGCUGGACGAGGGCGGGCUGGAAGGCUUCACUGACUUCCAAGGGCAAGUGUCAGCAGAGGAUGAGCCCCCCGUCACCUUUGAGGCCUCAGUGGACCUUGUCAGGAUUGAACAGGCUGAGGCCUUGCUCCAUGCUGACUGCAAUGAGAAGCAGGUGACCUGUGAGCUCUCCCGCUACUUCCCUCAGACCCAGCAGGAGCCUGAGGCUCACGCAGUGACCUGGUUCAUCGCCAACGUGCAGGUGUCUGGAGAGGGGCCUGGCAUGUCCAUGGUUAUGAAGACUCUGGGGAAAGCUGGGCCUGGAGUGGCUUUGCACCCCUUGCUCAACCUGCCCCUGAGCCCCCAGGGGACUGUGCAGAUGGCAGUGGAGUUCCAGGUGACGACUCAGACCCCGUCACUGACCAGCCUGCUAAAGUCAGCCGUCACCCUGCACUGCAGCUUCUCCACAGCCUCCAGUGAGGCUCUCACCCGAGUGGAAUGGCGGCUACAGCACCAGGGCAGCGGCCGGCUGGUGUCCAGCUGGACAGUGGGGCAGGGGCAGGCUGGGCAGAAGGGUGCCUCCCUGGAACCCCAACAGCUCCAAACAGCUGGGAACGCCUCCCUCACCCUGGCCAGCCUCACUGUGAAAGAUGAAGGUGCCUACAUCUGUCAGAUCACUACCUCUAGGUACCAGGCCCAGCAGAUCGUCCAACUGAGUGUCCAGGCUCUUCCAAAAGUAAAACUGAGCCAAGCCAGUGAAGCUCUGCCCUCCAGCCUCACCUGCCAUGUUACCGGCUUCUACCCCCUGGACAUGGCUGUGACAUGGAGCCGGCAAGAGGUAGGGGGAGCCCCAACCCCAGUCUCCGAUGCCUCCUUCUCCAGCCUCCGGCAGAAUGCAGCAGGCACGUACAGCAUCUCCUCUUUCCUGGUGGCAGAGCCUGGCUCAGAGGGUGCCACUUAUACCUGCCACGUUACCCACAUCUCCUUGCAGGAGCCCCUUGUGGCCAGCACCCAGGUUGCUCCUCCAGAGCAGAGAACAGGCUUUGGCAUCCUGGUUGCCAGUGGCCUCUUCCUUAUCACCUUGUGGUUGCUGGUGCUUCAGAGACAGCACGCUACUUUGCCAAGGUCAGCCUAGACUCUGAGGGGCUCAGAGUAGAAAAAACUGUCACAGAGGAUCUGAGCCAAGUUUCCCAUGAAGGCAAGAAGAAGCCUUCAAGCUGAAGCCCAGGUAUCCAGGCUCCAGCUCUGCAUGCCUGCCUGUCUGCUUUCACUGAGAGGACAUUGUGUGAGGACAUGGGGGUCAUACAGUAGAUAAGGCUGUGGACUCUCAAGCAUGAGGUCCUGAGUUUGAUCCCCAGCACUGCAUGUGCCAGAAUGAUGCUCUGACUCUCUCUCUCCCAUUAAUACAUAAAACUUUUUAAAAUUAA